UUGAGGAGGACACGCGGCUCCGGCUCCGGCUCCGGCUCCAGCUCCGGCUCCGGCUCUGGGCGAGGCAGCGGCGCGGCCGCCGGCAGCCCGGCCCAGACACUGCGAGAAGUGAAAAACUGACAGAAUAAAGAGCUGUACAUCAUGAUGUAGUGGAAGUGCCAAGGAAUAUGUUGAAUGGCAGCAAGAUUAACAACUUCACCUCAUUACCAUCUGAACAGCUCAUUUUGGAUUGAUGAACAGCAACAGAAAAUGUCCUAAGAAGUAGUGCUAAUGGAACAAGAUGCUUCUCUGAGGACUUAAUGCUUCAGACUUUGGAAGAGCUGCUCUUUGAAUCUGUCACAUUCCUCAUAUAGUUACCCUACAGCCCUAUCCUCUGGAACCAGGCUGCUCUGCAAACAUUUUUUUUCUCUUAAUAAUGGGUAUUGGCAAAAACACCACAUCAAAGUCAGUAGAAACUGGAAGCUCUACUGAGGGCAAAUAUGAAGAUGAAUCUAAGCAUCCUGCUUUCUUCACUCUUCCGGUGGUAAUAAAUGGAGGUGCCACACCAAGUGGUGAACAGGACAAUGAGGAUACUGAGCUAAUGGCAAUCUAUACCACAGAAAAUGGCAUAGCUGAAAAGAGUUCUCUUGCAGAGACAUUGGACAGCACUGGAAGUUUAGAUCCCCAGAGAACAGAUAUGAUUUAUACAAUAGAAGAUGUACCUCCCUGGUAUCUCUGUAUAUUCUUAGGGCUACAGCACUAUCUGACCUGUUUCAGUGGUACCAUAGCAGUGCCCUUCUUGCUAGCUGAUGCUAUGUGUGUUGGAUACGACCAGUGGGCUACAAGUCAGCUUAUUGGGACCAUAUUCUUCUGUGUGGGAAUCACAACUUUGUUACAGACAACUUUUGGAUGCAGGUUACCUCUAUUUCAGGCCAGUGCUUUUGCAUUUUUGGCCCCAGCUCGAGCUAUUUUGUCACUGGAUAAAUGGAAAUGUAAUACUACAGAUCUUUCAGUUACCAAUGAAACAACAUUAUUGCAUACUGAGCAUAUCUGGUAUCCAAGAAUACGAGAGAUCCAGGGUGCCAUUAUCAUGUCUUCAUUGAUAGAAGUUGUAAUUGGCUUCCUUGGCCUGCCAGGUGCUCUGCUAAAGUAUAUCGGACCUUUGACUAUUACACCAACAGUGGCCCUGAUUGGUCUCUCUGGUUUCCAAGCAGCAGGAGAAAGAGCAGGGAAACACUGGGGCAUAGCUAUGUUAACUAUUUUUCUAGUAUUGUUAUUUUCUCAAUAUGCCAGAAAUGUUAAAUUUCCUCUCCCAAUUUACAAAUCCAAAAAAGGAUGGACUGCCUACAAAUUGCAGCUUUUCAAAAUGUUCCCUAUAAUCCUGGCUAUCUUGGUAUCCUGGUUACUGUGCUUCAUAUUCACUGUGACAGAUGUCUUUCCACCUGACAGCACAAAGUAUGGGUUCUAUGCUCGUACAGAUGCUAGACAAGGCGUGCUUUUUGUGGCACCUUGGUUUAAAGUUCCAUAUCCAUUUCAGUGGGGACUUCCAACUGUCUCAGCUGCUGGGGUUAUAGGAAUGCUCAGUGCAGUGGUUGCUAGUAUUAUUGAAUCUAUCGGUGAUUAUUACGCCUGUGCAAGAUUAUCUUGUGCCCCGCCACCUCCCAUUCAUGCAAUAAAUAGGGGGAUUUUCAUUGAGGGACUAUCCUGUGUUCUAGAUGGUGUGUUUGGUACUGGAAACGGCUCCACUUCAUCAAGUCCCAAUAUCGGAGUUUUAGGAAUUACUAAGGUUGGAAGUCGUCGAGUCAUUCAGUAUGGCGCGGCUUUAAUGCUCAUGCUUGGGAUGAUAGGGAAAUUCAGUGCGUUGUUUGCAUCCCUUCCAGACCCUGUGCUUGGUGCCCUCUUUUGCACACUCUUUGGAAUGAUCACUGCUGUUGGAUUGUCGAAUCUUCAGUUCAUAGAUUUAAAUUCUUCACGUAACCUCUUUGUCCUUGGAUUUUCCAUUUUCUUUGGACUUGUUCUUCCAAGUUACCUCAAGCAGAAUCCACUAGUCACAGGGAUUACAGGAAUUGAUCAAGUGUUAAACGUCCUUCUCACCACAGCAAUGUUUGUAGGUGGAUGUGUCGCUUUUGUUCUGGAUAACACCAUCCCAGGUACUCCAGAAGAAAGAGGAAUACGGAAAUGGAAGAAAGGAGUUGGAAAAGGGAGUAAAUCGCUCGAUGGCAUGGAAUCCUAUGAUUUGCCAUUUGGCAUGAACAUUAUCAAGAAAUUCCGAUGCUUUAGCUAUUUACCCAUCAGCCCAACCUUCAUGGGUUACACGUGGAAGGGUUUCAGGAAAAGCAGUAACUGCAGAAAUUCAGAUGAAGAUUCAGAGGCUACCGUAUAGCCUUAGUUGAAAUUAUGUUAUCUAGUUGUAGUAAAAGAUGUAUUUGAAGUUCUUUGCUGAUUAAUAAGCAUUAAAAUAUAUGUUUUGUAUAUCUGCAUUUAAAUUUUGAAACCCAGAGCCGAGACCGAUUAUAAAUAGCUCUUCUGUUGUGGAUGGUGAUAUUGUCUAAUAUAGUGUCUCGACCAUCUUAUUAUUUAAAUCCUUGAUCCUGCUCUUUUCAGGGCAUCCAUUGCUGGCAAUGAUUGCUGCACCUGAAAAUUCCCAAUCCUCCUGUGGAAGAGAGAUGUUUGGAAUUCGUUGCGGGUUUUUGUGUUCUUUUGGGGUUUUUUGUUUUUGUUUGAUUCAUUCCUCUUUCUUGGUAAAUGCAUAGUACUGUUUUGGACAUGUGCUGUCUCUCAUCCCAGCAUUCUGAAUGUCUGACUGCAUGCCAAGUCAUCCAAGAUGCCUGUCAGCAGUUUUUCUUCCUCACCUACACUUUCUGUACCCACUGUGCAGGCAAAUUCACAGGACCUAUCCCCUGGCUGGAAAGACUUCUGGUCCUUCAAGCACUUGUACCUACUUCCUUAGAUAGUGUUUUCACAAUUCUUCAUCUCAUCUGUGCCUAAAACAAAGUUUUGGAGGAAGCAAAAAUGCAUCAUUGUGACUUAAUAGUUGAUACAGUCAUUUUCCUCUUGAAUUAGUAUUUUAGGAAGCUUUCUUGAACUAGAAUUACAGAAUGGAUUGCCCUGUGGCCUAGGUGUAAACACACCUUUGUGAGAAUCACAGAUACGGUUUUGAGGGGAAGGGGCAUGGUUCAUGUGUGAUUUGAGUCAAUAUCUAUUAAUUGUUAACCUUCAUAUCAAAUCAGUAACACUAAGGAACUUGCCUAAGAGUCUGCUAGGAAAUAAUUUACUACCAUAUGUUUUUUCAGGGCCAGAGCAGUAGAUUUUUUGAAACAGCAAACAUAUAUAUAAGUAGCAUCCUCAUCCCCUAGAUUAUUGAAUGGGCACAGGGUUAUCACCUGAGAGUACCAGUCAUUGAUACCUGAAAGUUUUGGCUCUCCUGUAAUGUGGGUGUUGUUAGUUAUCAGGCAUUCAUAACGGUGAGGCUAUAUUCAUGUUUAACAUUCUGACUAUUACACAUUAGUUUGACAUCAGUGUUUUUCAUUGUGAUCUGUCCAGCUCAUCCCCAUUAUCCCCACCCACUUACUCCAUCCCCCAAAGAAAAACAGGAAAAAGAACUCACAUUUGUAAUGCCACAGAAAUCAUCAGGGAAGCUUAAUGUAAUGCGCUCUUAAGGCCAGUAUAGUAUUUCUGUGUUUGUGUUUUGUAUUUCUUGAUCAAAUGAAGGCAUAAGCUGUAACUCAUUUAUAUGGACUGACUCCUGGACCAGACCAUGAGAAGGCUAUGGUUUUCUCCGAGUCCUGCUAUAAGAUCAAGGAGAAAGAAUAAACUGGAUUGGGUUAAUCAGCGUCGAAUGACCCAACAUCUGAGUAAAUCCUUUUACUCCAGUUAUGGAAUGGCUCUGUGAAAUCUGUAUUGCACAGCUGUUCAAGGAAGACAUUUUCAAGAUGUUUUAGUGAAUGGGGACAUUCAGUACUUUGGCAUUUGAGUAUCUACUGGAUGUUAUUGAGGUAGUAGCCCAUGUUACUUGUUGGCAGUAGUAAAGGUUAUACCACCUGUCUGAACAAAGCCUUUUCUUUUUUCUUUUUGUCACUGAUCCCUAUCAAGUGAGAGGCAUUUGGUUGAAUGUUGCCUUAACGCCUGCUCCCCUGCUGAGCACUCUGAUUGAGAACACUAACCUAUUAGUAAAAAUAACCUGUUUAUUUGUUUUGGAGUUUUCAGCUCAGGGAAAGGUAAAGAAUGAGAAUAAUCAGAAACUUAGUGAGAUGACUUCAUUUACACCAGAUACCCCAGGUGGUCAGUCAGCUGCUGUUUGAGCAGCUAAAAGGAACCAAAAUGGAUCAUUUCAAAUUGUAUACAACUCUUUUUGCAAUAGUUUGUUAUGUCUCCAUUGACACUCAAGUCAGUGUCAAGAUUAGUUUGUUAUAAAUGGGAGAGAACACUUUGAGAUCAACUUAGCCUCCUUUUGAGGUUGUUGGCUAAAUAAUCUGUAUGUUUUUAACCCUUUGAUUCCAGGAAGCAUGAGCUUCGUGAGCAUUGCAUUAGGACACCCUGGCCUGAAUCUGCAUUUCGUGCCAAGAUCUUAUUCCAGAUUAAAUGAAGCAAUGUAUUCAAAAUUGCUUGUGGUUUUAUAUAUUAAAGUUCUGGCUGUUUUAGUGUGUAUUAGAUACAGUGUUGUUUAAAAGAGAAUCACCCAGUGGUUCAGUCAGUCUCGUCCUUUUUUGUUGUGUGAGACCAAGUCAGGCAAUCUACCAUGCUCUGUGAAGCUGUGCUGUGUUUAGCCCUGUCUGAUUCUGUUGCCCUGACAAAUGGAGAAAACUAUGCUAAACUGAUGACGUUUGGUAAGUGUGCCUUGACGCUAGUUCUAGCUGUCCAGCACAGUAAUGCUGCCAAAUAUCUCAGCAGUAAUUCGCUGUAAUUCAGUAACACAUCCUGGUUAACAUGGAUGACUUGCCUUUCUGAUAUUUUUCCUCCACAAAACAGUGUGAAAGGUUUGUGUGUUAAGGUUCAGAUGCCAAGCUGCUUAUGAAACCCUUGUUUGCAAAAGAUUUGGGGCGGGGGGUGUUGUUUUCAACUCUUUCAGCAUAGGAGAAUGUCUUGCUUUGUAGCAUCCGUGUGUGAUGCCCCUUCACUUAAAUAGAGAAGAGACAUAAAGUAAUGAGGCUUCCUUUAGAGAGUAUUUCCCACCUUGACCAGAUGUUUAGUGGGAUGAACUUUGAAUCGCAAGAUUAGGGAUCCUUUUUGAAUUAUUUUGUGAAGCAGAGACUAAUGUGUGGUAAAGUAAACAAUUUACCAGGUCUCCGAUAGGUCCAUUUGCAAAGAGUUGAAAACGUAGCCAGAAUGUGGUAGGAGUCCAUGUCUGAACUGGACAAUAAUAUGUUUCUUGCAUAUACACAACACAUAGUUAAUCACAUCAUACAGUGUAGUCUCAACUGCUGGCAAAUAAGCAGUGGAACAAAAGAUGCUAAUUUGGUACAGGGAGAUAAUUUGAUAUGUUUUUAUUUCCUGUUUACAGAAAUAGCCAAGUGUGAAGCUAAGGGUUAUGUAAGGGUGAAUUGUGUUUAUCACACUACAUUUUUUUUGGUGGAAUGGAGCAAUUUACCGAAUGCUUGUCCACUAAAUCAUAUACAUAGUAGAAAGUAUGUAAAAGACCUGACAUGUUCAAAAUGAAAAAUAGAAGAGUGUCUUGGGCCCCAAUUCAUGGUAGAAAUAAUCACUUUCUUUGCCAUAGUCAUAGAAGAAUUGGAAACUCACCCUGGAUUUCUCUAAUUUACCAGCACUGUAACUGAGAAUCAUAUUCAGAAUUAAUCAAUACACUAAAAUUCAGGUUCUUGUUUAAAGGAACCCACCAAUUUCAGUUUUGUAGCAAAUUCCCUGUGAUUGGCUACAGUAAAUGCACCAGGCCACCCCAAGUGACCGGUGAGCUGGGAGAAGCAAUCAUGCUGUCUGACUUUUCCUGUCUCCAUGGGUGAGAGAUACACAGGAUUUGCUUUGUACCUUUGAAUACUGACUUUAAAUACAACAGCUUGGUUUGUACAUGAAUAUUGCAGUAUUUCCAUAUAUUAAAAUAACAUUUCCACCCAGGAUAAUGGUCACAGGUUUCCAGGGAGGGAGUGAUAUGAUUUUCAUGACAAUGUCAUGUGAUAAUAGAAUUUCUCCAUUGAUGAAUCUCUGGUAGUUGUGUAUACUUUAUUUACCCAUGCUUCUGUUUUAUAACAAAGAACUGAAGUUGUUUCCUUUUAUUCAUGUCCCUGCUGAAAUAUUGGUACUAGGAAAUUAGAGUGAACAUUUACAGAUGUAAUUCUCAGUGCUUUUAUGUGCCACAAGAGUGGUUAAGCCAGAUGCAUCAGUCAGAGAACAAUCAGCUGUGGCAAUAUCUUUUAUACCAAGAGUUUCAGGGUUUAGGGGAGAGAGAACAUUCAGCAGGUUAAAUUUAAUUGUGGUGUAAAGGGGACUGCAGGUUAACAGUGACUGACAGCUAGUUUCAAGAUAGCUUAACUGUUAGAUGUUGGACAUACAGUUCACACCCCUUUGUGCUAUAAAGUACGUAAUUCCUAUAUUAAUGUACAGUGUAUAAUGCCCUCACACAAAUGCAGUGCUCCAAUGGAGUGGGCUUCUUCAACUCCAUAAAUGAAAAACAAGGCAACUCUCUCCCUGAGUCAGAUACCUAAUUGAAUUAGUGACCAGUGGCUUGAUUCCCACAUGCUGUACAUAUCAUAGUAUUUCUUGUUGUGGCUUUUAAGAGAAUAAGACAUCUCCUCCAUCACCAUACAGUCUGCCAGUCAUUAGCAGUAUUGCAAGAAGGCCGUAUACUUGUUUGCUUCUGCCGAAGGCUCCAUCCAUCCAGCUUUGUGCUGGGCUGCUUUUUGUAUUGAGGAAUCCAUUUUUAGCAGCAUCCAAAAACAUUCCUGUCUUGUUAGGUUGGUUGUGACUGUGCUUUGUCAUCAGUAUAUAUUGUUACUCUCAGACGUGCUUAGAUUGCUGUUUGUAUUUUUCAGGCACUUAGGACAUCUUGACCAGUGUUGCCAUCUUGCUGAUAAUUCAAAUUAUUGUAUUUUUUUUGUUGUUGGUUCAGAACAACCUUUGACAUGUUAACAGACUGGAUGUUCUUAAAACAGUGGGGAUGCCUAUAUUUUCCAUGAGUUUUGUGGCUGAAUUUGGCUGUAAACCUUUCGGGGUUUUUUGGUGUUUUAUGGGGGGAGGGAUUGUCUUUAUUUUUCUCCUUUAUUUGUCUUUUUAUUAUUUUGCAUACCAAGGGUUUGUUUUUUGUUUUUUUUUGGGGGGGUAGGGAAGGGUUUGAGAUGUGUAAUUCUUUUAUGGAGUUUUUAAAAGAUUUCAUAUUGUUUUUCUAACAUGGCUUCAUUAAACGUUUAAAUAUUUAAAAAUAUGUAAUAUUUGGACCAGAUGUUGUGAAUAAAUAGUAGAGAUAAAGCUAUUUUAUUCUGUAUUUUUAAAGCUGUUCAGUAUAAAUAAAAGCUGACCUAGAUGCA